UAGUGGAUGGUGCGGCAGGAGCAGCAAAGAGCGCAGUCUCCUGGAGGGAUUCCGCAGACCGUUAGGCUGUUCACAUCACCUUCAGACAUGGCAAAGGAAGGGACUGAGAUUGCUGAAGAGACCGAGCAAAUGAUAGACCAGAAGGAGCCGGACAAUCCCGUUUCUGCGGUUGUAGAUUCAAAAGAAAUGCGUGCUGUGCUGCUCACGGGCUUUGGUGGUCUAAACAAACUCAAAGUCACCAAGAAACCAAUGCCAGAGCCUCAAGAAGGAGAAGUCAAAAUUCGCGUGAAAGCAUGUGGACUGAACUUUCUUGAUCUAAUGGUGCGUCAAGGAAAUAUUGAUAAUCCUCCAAAAACACCUUUUGUGCCUGGAUUUGAGUGUUCUGGGAUUGUAGAGAGUGUUGGAGAAAACACUGAAGGCUUUGAGAUCGGUGACAGAGUGAUGGCUUUUGUAAACUACAGUGCUUGGGCAGAGGUGGUGUGCACACCGUUGGAUUUUGUGUAUAAGAUCCCAGACGACAUGACGUUCCCAGAGGCGGCUGCCUUCUCUAUGAACUUUGUGGCUGCCUACAUGAUGCUGUUUGAAGUGGCCAAUCUCCGGGAGGGGAUGUCUGUGUUAGUUCACUCCGCAGGAGGUGCGGUGGGUCAAGCAGUCACUCAAUUGUGUUCCACUGUCCCGAAUGUCACUGUGUUUGGGACCGCCUCUCCCUUCAAACACGAAGCCAUACAGCACUCAGUCACUCAUCUGUUUGACAGAAACAUCGACUGCGUUCCAGAAGUUAAGAAGAUAUCUCCAGAUGGAGUAGACAUUGUACUGGACUGUUUGUGUGGGGAGAACACAGGAAAAGGUCUAAGUUUGCUCAAGCCCAUGGGAACGUACAUCCUGUAUGGUUCAUCAAACAUGGUGACAGGAGAAACAAAAAGUUUCUUCAGUUUUGCUAAAUCUUGGUGGCAGGUUGAGAAGGUGAACCCUAUCAAACUGUAUGAGGAGAAUAAAGUCAUAGCCGGAUUCUCGCUCCUGAACCUCCUCUUCAAGCAGGGAGGGUGUAGCCAAGUCAAGACAGCAGUGCAAAAACUUCUUUCACUUUACAACCAAAAGAGGAUCAAGCCUGUUGUUGAUUCACUUUGGGCGCUUGAGGAGGUGAAGGAAGCCAUGCAGAGAAUCCAUGACAGAGGAAACAUAGGGAAGCUGAUUUUGGACGUGGAAAAGUCGCCCACGCCUUUGAUGGCCAAUGACAGCACAGAGACCAGUGAGGCAGGUGAGGAAGAAGAGGAGCAAGAGGGAGACAAUGAAAACAAAGAGCGAAUGCCCUUCAUUCAGUGAAGCCAGACUCCACCAGAGACUAUCAUGAACCUGUGCUGAGCUCCAUGUCAUUGUGAAACGUAUCUGUGCUGUGUGUGUGAGAUGUGUUCAGUCUAUUGUUUGUCUGUAACUUUGCCAGUUUGGGACAGUGCAGUCAAAAAUACAGCAAAACAUUAAGUGUGUUGUUUUACUGAAGUGCCAUUCUUAGUGCAGUGUUGAAUUGUUACAGUGUUUUAGACCAAAAUGUUAUUGUAGGAUUGACUUUUCGUGGAAGCUUUUUGCAGCCUUUGGGAUGUUUUAUUUGACCCCGUGAGUCUGUGGAUUGACAGAUGACUUCAGUCAAAGUCCAAAAUUAAAGCCUCUUAAGCACACUUAUCGCCGACAUUUUAUUUCCUCUUUGUCGUUACGUAUCAAGUGUGCUCGGCAAGACCGGUUUGUGCCACCAAGUCGUGUUUUACUGUAACUUCAGCAGCUCCAGCCACGUGAACAUUAGCGCCAAUCUCAUUGCUCAGCCAGUUUUCAACGUGGUGCAUCAAACCGAAAAAGGAGGCUUUUUUUUAAUUAAGCUUUUACGCCUCACGUUUUACGCAUUAGUGUGCACACACACACUCACAUCACGAGUCAUUAAACGUCAGCGAUAAGCACGAUCAUCGUCCCGGUGUGUAACAUUAUGAGGCUUUAUGUUGUUGUCACAACAAAGUUUAUUUAAUUUGAACCUCAUGCUUAAAAAUUUACUAAGUGAUUUGUUCACACUUAAAUCUUGUUAACUUGCAUAUUUAUUACAUUCACUAUACUCUUUGAAGCAGUGAGUAUUGUAAAAUUUACAGAUUGGCACUACUAGGGCCUUAUAAGUGUCUCACACCAACCUUUUUGUAAAGAAAAAGCGGGUCAAAGUGGAAAUACAUUUUUGUGCUAAUCAAUAUUAUGCCAGAAGUGCUAUAGAUUGAGCUGACCUUAGAAUACUCCUUUGCAUUGCCUAACGUGCAUUGCAUGUUUGUGAUGGGUGCAGUGAUGCUGUGAGUAACACACACAAAUGCAAAAAACUUAAAUAAAAUAAUUUUACCUAUAAGGACUUUUACAAAAGUAUUUUAUCCAGUUAAAUCAAUUCUUUAUUCAUGUGCCGAUGUGGCAGGUUGAUUUUGGACACCAGUUGCAGUGCUACUGAUGCAUUUGUGUGUGUUUCCCGACUGUUCUGGAGGUGAGUGAGAGUGUGAGACUGUGUUUAUGACUGAAACGGAUGGAGAAGGUAAAGCUGCAGCUCAUUGUUGUCAUGCGGUUGACUGUGUGCGGUGCACAUUUUUAGCGUGGCACUGUUUAUCUGUUCAGAGCAUCUGCGUUACCCUUGGUACUAUAUGUAAUGUAGUCCCUAUAGAAUUAUGCAUUACCUUAAAAUUGAAAUUCUGUCAUAAUUUACUACCCUCACGUCAUUCCAGAUCCGUAAAACUUACUUUCUUCUAUGGAACAGAAUUGGAGAUAUUUCGCAGAUUGUUCAUGCUGCAUUUUUCCAUACAGUGGACCGGUGGCGAGUAAACAAUGGCUAAAAGCUUUCGUUUUGGAUGAGCUUUCCCAGUAAAUCAUCAGUAAAUGAUCUGAUGUUAAGUAUCAUCUUGAUCAUCUUUUCAAACUAGUCGCCAACAGUAAACAAACAAACAAAUAAAUAAAAUACUUCUUAGUGCCUGAGGGCCAGAAGGCUUGUCAGUUUUUCUUUUUGUAUUUCAUGGAGAAUAGACACUUGGAUGUCAAAGAUAUCAAUGAUUUAAAAUCUUUCUGGCCUACAUAUACCUCACAAAGGAAAACUGUGGUUGUGUUUUUGAGUUUUAUUAGUUGUGUUUAUGUCUUGGUGCUUGUGUAUGCUAUGUUUCCUCCACAAACUGUUUUUAUUCAUCUUUUCCUUGAUAAUUAAACUAGCUGGCUUUAUAGAGGAUAUAUACAAAACAGCCAGUCUGAUAGUAAUUGAUCAUGACUUUUUGAGUUGUGUUUCUUUACAUUAAAAGAAUAGUUUAUAAAAAUAAAAGAUGAAGAUAAAGAUUAAUUUGUUUCUUCAUUGUAACAGAUUUGGAGAAAUUUAGCAUAACAUCACUUGCUCAGCAGUGAAUGGGUGCCGUCAGAAUGAAAGUCCAGCUGAUAAAAACAUCAGGAUAAUCUACAAGUAAUCCUAUCCUAUCAAAGUCUAUCAGGUGAAGUGAAAAGCUAUGUGUUUGUAAGGAAGAAAAUUGUCUUUAAGAUGUUGUAACUUUAAACCAUCAACAUUGGCCAAAAAAAUGUAACAAUACGUUUAUAUUUACAUUCAAUCGUUUAGCAGACGCUUUUAUCCAAAGCGACUUACAAAUGAGAACAAUAGAAGCAAUCAAAAUACAAAAACAAAACAAUGCAAAAUUGUUGACUUUUUACAAACAUACAGUUUUUAGUUAAUGGACUGGCGUCAUGUGGAUUACUUGUAGAUUAUUAUGAUGUUUUUAUCAGCUGUUUAGACUCUCAUACUGAUGGCACCCAUUCACUGCAGAGGAUCUACUUAUGAGGAAGUGAUGUAAUCUGUUACGAUGAAGAAACAAACUCAUCUUCAUCUUGGAUGGCCUGAGGGUAAAUACGUUUUUAGCUAAUUUUCAUUUUGGGGUGAACUGUUCCUUUAAGCAAGAAUGGAAUGACUGAAAUAAUCACCCACUUUCUAAUUAGGCCCUACACCUUUUUUGAGAUUUGUUUUAAAGACUUGAAGCACUACAUUUCUGAUGUGUUAGUAGCUCAAGACACACAAAAGCAUAUUGUUGCCUUGUAGUUUUAAUUUGUAGAUGUGCUUUUAUGUUGUGGUAGAUUGCAAACACGUGAAAUCUGAAGCGUUUCUGUGGAGUAUGAUUUGGUCUUUAUGCCAUUAAAAUGCUGUUAUGCACAUGGACCUAAUAAC